AUGAAGCUUGUUGGAGUUCUGCUACUUAUUUCAUAUGUAUGUGUGUAUGUGUGUAUAGGUAUUUGUGAUGCAAAGUGUGAGAUUCGGUGUGGAAAGGCAGGAAGGAAGGAUCGAUGCUUGAAGUAUUGUGGAAUAUGUUGCAAAGCAUGCAAGUGUGUCCCAUCUGGGACUUAUGGUAACAAGUCAGAAUGUCCUUGCUACCGUGACAAGUUGAGCUCUAAGGGCACUCCUAAGUGCCCUUAAUGUUAUCAUCACUUAAUUAUAAUCCAAACAUAUAUUAUGCCCUCUCAUUUAUUGGCUUUUUUUUUAUGUAUUAAUGAAUUUGGAAAGUAUAUCAUCACAUUAUUUCCAAUUUAUACAAUUUGAAUUCUUAUGUUUCA